AUGGCUGCUAAAGUAUACAUUGUUUACUAUUCGACCUACGGGCAUGUCGAGAGACUCGCGCAAGAGAUCAAGAAAGGAGUCGAAUCCAUACCAGAAGUUGAAGCUAAACUUUGGCAGGUCCCGGAAACUCUCACGGACGAUAUCCUCGCGAAAAUGGGGGCCCCACCAAAGAACAACGACGUGCCGAUUAUUAGCCCGAACGAACUUGUGGAUGCUGAUGGCAUCAUAUUCGGUUUUCCGACAAGAUUCGGGAUGAUGGCCGCUCAAUUCAAAGCAUUUUUCGACUCGACCGGUGGCUUAUGGAGGACUCAAGCACUUGCCGGAAAACCUGCCGGAAUCUUUUAUAGCACCGGAUCUCAAGGCGGUGGCCAAGAAACCACACCAUUAACAGCCAUAACACAACUUACUCAUCACGGCAUGAUAUUCGUGCCUAUUGGCUACACGUUUGGAGCCGGGAUGUUUGAAAUGGGGGAAAUUAAAGGCGGGAGUCCUUAUGGUGCCGGGACAUAUGCAGGGGAUGGGUCGAGACAACCCUCAAGAAUCGAACUCGAGCAAGCUUUUCACCAGGGAAAACACAUUGCAGCCAUCACUAAGAAGCUCAAACAAACUACUUAA